UAUUCCAGCCAACUGGCCUCUGGAUAUAUAAGUUCUAGCCAGUUAUGCAGUUGAUCGCAGAAACAUGCUUAAGCUCAGCCUGAUUGCUUGGCUGCUUUGCUCACUGGCGUGGCGCACCACGCCCACCAGCUGUCACCAGACGCAACCGCCGCCAAGUGUUCAGGAGCUCCUAGCUAAUCAACUGCACAGCUAUAUGGACCUGAAGGCGCGUCCGUGCGAGAAUUUUUAUCAGUAUGCCUGUGGUAAUUGGCCAUUGCAGCAGGUGGAGGAGCCACAAGAGACACAGCAGACAGAGCAACAGCAGCAAUCAAAUCAACUGGAGCAAAAGGAGCAGCUACAGCCUAGCGACACUUUGGCCGUACUGGAUUAUGCACUGAAUCGUCAGCUGGAACAGUUGCUGAGACGUGGUGUAACCAAUGACAGCAGCGCGGAGGACGAGCAGAUCGCCUCAAUCCAUCAGAAAAUGCAUAAUUAUUAUCGCGCCUGCAAGCGCCUGAAGCCGUAUAACCUAAAGAAGUAUCUGCAGCUGUUGCCACCAAGUAAUUGCACAACCUGGCCGCUGCUAAGUCGGAAGUGGAAUCCGGAAACGUUUAGCUGGUUGGCGACCAUCGGGCGACUGCGUUCACACGGACUCAAUGGGGUGCUGCUAAAGGAGGAGGUGCUGCCGCGUUGGGAUGACUCCAGCAGCUAUGUAAUUAAUUUGGAUAAGCCCAGCCAGCUGGAGACCAUGCCUAUGGGUGAAGGCGCCAUCAUAGAGCUAUUGCUGGAUAUUGGGCAAACAAAGCGCGAGGCCAAUGUGCUGGCCCGUCAAGUGGAUCUCUUUGAACGGCAGCUGCAUCGCUUACAAGACAUUGAGGACGACUUGGGCAAUAUGGAAACAGAAUUGUGCUAUUUGGCGGAGAUCAUGCCGCAACUGCAAUGGAUAGCCUUUAUGCAAGAGCUGCCCGCAAAUGCAGCCGGCAACGAGCUCGAACGCCCUCCAACGGUCAUCAUACAAAAUGUGCCCUAUAUGCGUGCCCUGGACAAGUUUCUGAGGCGCUACAAGCCGGAAACCGUUUGCAACUAUAUCAUGCUGAAGCUGCUCGCUUACCUCAAGCAGCAAGGACCGGCGGAGAUAUCACGUGUGGAGUGCGUGGCCAGCUUAAGACGUGCCAUGCCGCUGGCUGCCAGCUUGUUAAUAGGACAAAGAUUUCAUGACCCCAGCUCUGAGCCACUGGUUAGCGACAUAUUUCGCCGACUGAAACGUCGCUUUGGUCAGCUGCUCAGCGAGAAUCGCUUGCAGCUCAAGCAGCCAAUCGUUCGAGUUUUACACGAGAAGUUAGAUGCUAUGCGCUUUCAACUAGGUUUCUUGCAACUUAAUGAAACCAGCUAUGUUGAGGAAUACUAUGAUCCUGUGGAGUUAAAUUCCCAAGGUUUCUACGAGAAUCAGCUGUCGUUGUUGCGCUUACGCGUCGAGCGGAAUCACGAGCUGCUCGCCUUGGGCAAUCAGUUCAAUGGAAAUAAUAUAAGCUAUCUGACAGAGCGCGAUCUGAGCAGCAGUCUAUCGCCGUUCUUUGAGCUACCCAGGAAUCUUGUGCUGGUGCCCUACGGCUUUCUUCAGCUUCCCGUUUGGCAUCGCAACAUGAGCGAGCUGCAACAGCAUGCGGUGCUGGGCUUCAUACUGGCUCACGAGAUAGUUCAUGGAUUCGAUAACCAUGGCAUUGUUUACGACAGCGUCGGUAAUCUUAUGGGUCCCAGCGAGGAGAUCUUGGCAAGUCCGCGCUAUAACCAAAGUAUCAAUUGCAUAGAACAGCACGUGGCCACCGGCUCGAAGUCACUCAGCGAAAAAAUGGCCGACUACGAGGCCAUGCGACUGGUUUAUGAAACCUUCUUCGGGGAGAAUUUCUCGGUAGAUCGCAAAGAGCCACGGGAUCCGCUGUUGCCACAGUUCAGUCAGCGCCAACUCUUCUUCAUUAGCUUCGCACAGUUCUUCUGCGGCAAACAGCAGAGUCUGAAUGCACAGCAUCUGGAGCAUGCUGUGGAUGAGCUACGAGUACUACAAACGCUGGCCAACUUCGAGGAAUUCUCCAGAGAAUUUGGCUGCGAGAAGCGCACUAAGAUGCAAGCUAAGAAAAAGUGCAGAGUUUGGUAGAGUUUAACAUUAUAUCUCUAGAAAUAAUUGGAAAGU